AUGGUUCAAUCUCCUGUUUCAACUUUAGGAAGAGAAGCAACUGUGGCUAAGCUAAUUGAUGAGGAUAUUGGGUGUUGGAAUUAUGAUUUGGUUAGGGAGACUUUUAAUAAAGAAGAAGCUGCAAUUACUUAUACUAUACAUGUGAGUAGAAUGAGUUUGGAGGAUAAACUUUAUUGGGGACUUGCUAAGAAUGGACUCUUUUCUAUUAAGAGUGCUUAUUAUAUUACGAUGGAGAUUAAAAGACAGUAUGGAGGGGAGCAAUCUACUAGAAAUGGGGUAAAUCAGUGUAAUCUACUAAGAAGGAAGAUUACAAAAUUUGGUUUAUGUCCAAUAUGUGAGCAACUGGAAGAAACAAGUGGGUAUGUGUUAUGGAGCUGUGUGGCAACCUCUGAUGUAUGGUUUGAAAAAAUGAGUAAAGCACAGAAACUAAUCUGUAGAGAAGAAGAUUUUCUUGACACAUGGACUAAAUUGUCUCAGAAGUUGCAAAAGAGUGAUUUAGAAGGCAUGGUUUUAAUUUUCAGAAAGGUAUGGCAAAGAAGGAAUAAUUGGAUCUUUAAGAGUUCCUUUCAAAGUCCAACUGAAGUGAUUGAUGCUGCUAUGACAAAUAGGGAGGAGUAUAUUCUGGCUAAGGGUGCAAACAGAUAUGAAAUUUCUGGUUCACCCCCUAUGAAUCGAAGUUUUAUGUGGCAAGCUCCAACACAGUUCUCUUACAAGGUGAAUUGGGAUGCUGGGUUUGAAGAAUCUACUCUAAAAAUGGGCACUGGUAUUAUAAUCAGGAAUUGUGCAGGAGAUGUUAUAGCUGCUCUGUGUAUGCCUGGGAAAGCUAUUAAGGAUGUUGUGGUGGCUGAAGCAAAUGCACUUUGA